UAUUUUUCGAAUAAUCCCAGGUUCUGUUCGCGUCGCGCGAUUGUGCCACAAUGAUGGAUAUACCUGGUGGGCCGAUGCCGCCGCCAGAGCCUGAGCUGCGCACAAUUAUUGAAAAAUUGGCGCCGUUUGUGGCGAGGAAUGGGCCAGCAUUCGAAUCCAUCACGAAAGAAAAGCAGAAAGACAAUCCGAAAUUUUCGUUUCUCUUUGGCGGAGAGUGGUUCGAUUACUACAAGCAUCGCGUUCGACUGGAGGAAAUGCAGCUGAACGCUGGGAAACCUCCGAUGUCAAAUGCGUAUCCGCCGUCGCAUUAUGGUGGACACGGAAUGCCACCUCACGGACCACCUCAUGGUCCUCCGCUAGGCCAAGGAGGAAUGGCACCUCAUGGUCCCCCAGGAGGACCACCGCACGGUCCCCCAGGAGGACCACCGCAUGGUCAAGGAGGAAUGGCACCUCAUGGACCCCCAGGAGGUCCACCGCACGGUCAAGGAGGAAUGGCACCACACGGUCCCCCUGGAGGACCACCACAUGGCCCACCUGGGCCACAGCAUUAUCCGCCCAUGGGACCACCGAUGCGGGUGAUACCACCCCCGGGUGUGCCGCCACCGGUGAUGUUGCCGCCUCCUCCUCCGAUCCCACGCGAGGAAAUCCGUUCUCAGAUCACCACUCUGCAAGGCCAAAUACGGGAAAGUGAAGCGAAUCUCGCCGCCCAACAAGAGCUGAUAGAAAAGCAGCAACAGCAGCAAAUCGACGAGACGGUGGUGAAAGCGGAAGAGCUGCGUCUCAAGUCGUUAUCCGAGUCCUCAGGAACGUCUGUUCUCGAGUUCGACUCCGUCCUGCACCCCAUAAUCCAGUCUUGCACCAAGGACGCCAUUUCCACCGGCAAAACGUGGAUGAUGGCGCGUGCGGAUCGGCCGGACGCCUGCGAGUUCAUGGCUCUUCGUCUGCUCCAGAAAACGACUGACCCGCGUUCCCAGUUCACGACCAAGCUCCACUUGAUUUACUUGCUCAACGACGUGAUCCAUCAUUGCAUCCGCAAGAACGCUGACGGGUUGCGUGAAAGCUUGCAGCACGUGAUCGUGCCCAUGUUCUGCAACGCCUGGCAAAACAGCGCCGAAAAGGAGCGACUCGAGAAAUUAUUGGUCUUGUGGGAAUCCAAGUUGCAGUUCAACGAAGAGCUGCGAGUGACUGGAGGCGUCACCAUUGGGGUGGAGACGAUAACAGUUUUGCCGGGGCCCAUAACGCCAGGCGGAACCGAGCCAACUCGCAAGUCCCGUAGGAACGCCAUGCACUCUUCUUAUAAAUACCCCACCUCGCACAUUCCCUUAUGCCCGCCCCGCAGCGUGGCACCGGGGUAUAGCGCUUGCCCCGGAGUGUUCUGUCCCGGGUUCGAUUCCCGGCUCUGGCCGUAUUUCGGCAUGUUCAGUACGCCGUCAACGGCGAUAGUCGCCCCGCGAGGGGUGCUGAAGGCGCUGCGGAAUCCGGAUGCGUCAUGGGCGGAUUACCAGGCCUCGUUGAUCACAAACAACGCCCACGUGAUAUCGCCGAUUACGCGGGCGAAUCUCGAGACAUACGGUGGAUACCAAAGUCAGCACAUGGCGUUUGUUGCGCAUGUGAAUGGGCAGAUUCAAGCCUUGGAGGCGAUGGAGCGACAAUGGGAUGAAUACGAGAAGACCGUGCUUCCGAAUGGUCCUAUGUUUGAUUUGUCCCGUCCGCCGCCAAACAUGCAGCUUCCCCCGCCGGUGGCCAACUUGCCACCUCCCAACGUCGCCCCGCCCGUGCCUCCGUCGUGCGAGUACUUCGAUCUUCCUGCGGGAUUGAUGAUCCCGCUGAUUGCCCUAGAAGACGACAAGAUGAAGCCCUUGGAUUCGAAAGAGGUGACGUUGCCGCCACCAGCGCCUACGACGGAUCGGCUGCUUGCUGCCGUGGAAGCAUUCUAUGCGCCGCCGUCUCACGAAUCGCCUCGCGACACCGACGGCUGGGAGAAACUUGGUCUGUACGAGUACUUCAAAGACAAGAAGGACGCGAUCCGUCGCAAGUACGAGGAUAUCGAAGCCGGUGACAGAGACGCCUCCAGGUCCCCGUCGCCCAUCCGCCUCGAACGGUCUCCUCUCCGCAAAAAGAUCAGUGAAGUCAUGAAGCGAAAAAAGAGCCUCGUCGUUCGCCGCAACAACAAGUCCAGAAGUCGAAGUCGAAGCCCGAGUCCAGCUCGAAGCCGGAGCCGAAGUCGAAGUCGAGACCGUUCCCGAUCCCGUUCCAAGUCCCGGUCACGUUCCCGAUCCCGAUCCCGAACCCCGCCUCGAAGGCGUUCCCCUUCCUACUCCCCGCCGGCACAGAUGAGGUCUGUGGACCCGUUGCCGUCGCUGGAGCUUAGCGGCGACCCAACGGCAUUUUCCAAGUUGGACGAGAGCAACAAGGGACACCAGUUGUUGAAGAAGAUGGGCUGGGGAGGAGCCGGGCUCGGGGCGAAGGAGCAAGGCCGGGCUGAGCCGGUUUCUGGUGGAGACGUGCGAGACCGGACCGACAUGUAUAAGGGAAUUGGAGUUGAUCUCAAUGACCCGUUUGAAAAGUUCCGGAAGAACAAGGGGAAUCAAUUUAUCUCGAGGAUGAGGGCGAAGGCGGAAGAGAAAAAGUGAAAGGGGGAAAAAGUUUUUACUGAAAGAAUUGUGUUUUCUUUAUUUUAUUUUUUUCGAAAAGGUUUGACCGGGUUUGCCAUCAAUCCAAACGCACUCAUUCCGGGCAUAGAAUGAAUUCUUCAAGAAUUCAGUUGUUAAAAAGAUUGCUAUCAUAGGGUUUCUCACAAUUAUUUUGUCCAAUUUCAUGCGGACGAUGAAAACAAAACAGGUUUAGGGUUUUUUUCCACGUGUUCGGACGGAUUUGCUGUGAACGCACUCAUUCCGAGCAUAAAAUGAACUCAGAUUUGUUGGCAAAUAGUUCGAUUUUUCUCAUCUGAGACAAACCAAUGAAAGAGUGCGAUUUUAGGUUUUUUCCACACUUGGCUUCUAUAAUUGACUGUUUUUCACGAUAUUGAAUUCAUUGCGAGGAUGAAAUUAACAGGCUUCGUCCAAGUUUCCCGUGAAAUUUAAGCGCAAUCAUUCCAUAAAUCCAUGAAAAAUAAAGUUCGAAGAAAGGGUUUCCCUUUUUUUUCAAAUUUGCAACCGCCUCACAUGAAAAUCUUUUAAAUCAAGAUUUUAAAUUGUACGGUUUCCUUUCUGAAAUUUGUUGGUUCUUUCGAGAAGGAGGAUUCGAGCGAACCUCGUUUUCCCGUCACUUUAAAUGCACUCACGCUAGAUACAGAUUGAGUUAGGAACAGUUAGAUUUGAAAGGGGAAAAAUAGAAAUAUGUUCUUUUUGUGGGAAAAAAUUUCAUGCGGAGGCUAGAGAUCUUCGAUUCUCCGAUUGUUAAAAUUGAUUGGUUCAACUUUUUCAAUUGCUCGAGUUUUGUUCUGGAAAUUACCGCGAUCUAUAAAAAAAAAACCGCCAUUGAAAGCAUUUUUAUAUUUAUUGCCAUUGAAGGGAAUUUUGAAUGUCUGAUGUAAGUUCGGAAAUUAUGAUGCAAUACCUGUUGUCGCUCCGCUCGAAAGUUUUGGGAUUGUGUUUGGGAAAUUUUUUCCCACAUACAAUUUUUUUUCAAAUCGUCCGCAAGACGUUGAAACCUUCGUUGAACAGAAUGUUCUGCAGUGUUCAAGAAGUCUGACGUGAUUCCUU